AGGUGAUCUUAAUCCAGAUUAAAAUGAUAGUAUUUGAUUCUUUUUUUUUGUGUGUGUUUUUAUUAUAUUUCUCAGUUCAUUUGUUUGGGGGAAAAAUGAGUGACAUUUAUCAAUUGAUUGUGUUGAUUUUUGAUUGAAGGAAUUUUGUAUUUGUUUUUAAAGAUGGUGUGUGGUCGCGUGGUCCUGCUGCUGGUGCUCCUGUGCGCCCCCUUGAGGGCGCGUGUCUCCGAGCUGACCCUGAGCAUCCCGGAGGGGCUCCCCGCCGGGACGGUGGUGGGCGACCUGGCCGCCGCCCUGAGCGAGCCGGCGGCGGGCUUUUUGCUCUCCGAGAGCGGCGACUCGCAGGUCUUCCGCGAUUUGGACGUCCGCCCGGAUACGGGCCUCAUCUCCACGGCGACGGUCCUGGACCGGGAGACCCGGGGGAGCUACGAAUUCGCGGCCGCCACCCUGGCGGGCGAGGUGGUCAGGGUGCGCGUCCGCGUGGAGGACGUCAACGACCACUCGCCCGAGUUCUCUUCGGAGGAAGCAGAGCUGAAAGUGUCCGAGGCCGCCCCGCCCGGCGCCCGCUUUCAUCUGCCUGGGGCACGGGAUCGGGACGAGGGGGAACGGGGCGUGCGAGGGUACCGGAUAUCGGAAAGCCUCGCCGGGGAGAUCUUCCGACUGGAGCCGCAAGAUUCGGAUCUGGAACUGGUUUUAGAGCGCGGGCUGGACAGAGAAGCUCGGGACUUUUACGCCCUGACCGUGGAGGCAUUCGACGGCGGCGUCCCCGCCCGGAUCGGGAGGCUGCGGGUAAACGUGACGGUCCUGGACGAGAACGACAACCCGCCCGCUUUCCAGCCGGACCGCUUCAUCGCGUCCGUGCUGGAAAACGCUCCGGUCGGGACAUCGGUGUGCCGGGUCUCCGCCGUCGACCCGGAUGCGGGCGACAACGGAAGGAUCAACUUCAGCGUGGAGCGGCGGCAGAGUGACAACAGCUUCUUUUCCGUGGACGAGACCACCGGGGUGCUUUACCUCAACGAGCCGCUGGAUUUUGAAACUCAGGCUUUCCAUGAGGUGAUGGUCACAGCCAGAGACAACGGCGUCCCGCCCGAGUCCAGUAGCACUUUGGUGCUGGUGACGGUGGAGAACGUCAACGACAACGGCCCCGUCAUCGAAACGCUUUUCCUCGGCGAGGACGGAGGAGUCUCCGAGGCCGCCGAGAUCGGACACUACGUGGCCAGGGUUUCCGUGUCGGACCCGGACGACCCUGGGGAGGCGCCGUCGGUCCGGCUGGAGGGGGACGAGGGCAAGUUCCUUCUGGAGCACGUCGACCGCUCUCUCUACGCGUUGCGCGUGGGCGCCCUGCUGGACAGGGAGGAGAAAGAUCUUUACCGCUUGAGGGUCCUGGCUACGGAUUUCGGGAGCCCCCCUUUGAGCUCCGAGGCGCUCUUUCCGGUCCGGGUGACGGACGUCAACGAUUGCUCGCCUGUUUUUGAGGAGGAUAGGCUUCUGGUCCGGGUCUCCGAGGACGUCCCAGAGGGGACUUCGGUCGUGCGGGUAGAGGCCCGGGACUCUGACUUGGGAGUCAACGCCGACGUCAGGUACUUCAUCCCGGAGUCAGAGUGCCCGGUGGGCGUGGACGCAGAGACCGGCCUGGUCACCACGGUGGCGCUCCUGGACCGGGAGGCGGGGCCAGAGACGUGUCGCCUCCUGGUGGUGGCGCGAGACGGAGGGGAGCCGGCCAGGUCGGCCACCGCCACCGUCACCCUCCUGCUGGACGACGUCAACGACAACCGGCCGGUCUUCCGGCAGAGUCUCUACCGCACCGCGGUGACGGAACACGCCGCCCCCGGAACCUGUUUUUUGCAAGUGGCGGCCAGCGACGCAGACACGCCAGAGUUUGGCGUCCUGGUCUACUCGCUUCCUGACGAGGAGUCGGACCUGUUCCGCAUCCACCCGCAAACUGGAGAGCUCUGCGUCUCGGGGGACAUUGACAGAGACGUCGGACAGAGCGUCCAUCACGUCCGGGUCAGAGCAGAGGAUCCGGGAGGCCUGAAGGCGCACGCGUGGGCGCGCGUGGAGAUCCAAGACCUCAACGACAACGCGCCGGUUUUUACUCCCGAGCGAUAUUUCGCCGGCGUCGGGGCUCACACGCCGCCUGGCUCCGAGAUCCUGACAGUGGUCGCCAACGACGCCGAUGACGGCGCCUUCGGCCGGGUCACGUACCGCCUGCUGCCCGGCGAAUUGUCCGCUCUCUUUGCCCUCGAUGAGCAAACAGGAACGCUGUACCUGACCUCGGCGCUUAGCCACCUGGGUUCCGCUAGCAUCGAGCUAGCCGUGGCGGCGCGAGACGCCGGCGGUUUAUGGUCGGCCCAACCGGCCCGGGUGACGGUCGACGUCUCAGCCGGCGCUCAGGCGACCUUCCGGAAGUCCCGCUACGCCUUCACCGUGGCGGAAGAUGCCCCGCCGGGGACCAGCGUGGGCUCCGUGCAGGCUGUCAACUCGCCAGAUUCUGCGGAAUCAGUAUCCUACCACAUUGCCGCCGGUGACCCACAGGGUCUCUUUGCAAUGGACGCCGCGUCGGGCCUGAUCAGCACAGCCAAACCUCUGGACCGCGAGACCCAAGCGUACGCAUUGCUCUACGUCCAGGCCUACACGCCGUCCUCCAUGGUCCGCAGCGAGGCGCAGGUCCACGUCUCGGUGGCCGACAUCAACGACGCAGCGCCCAUUUUUCACAGGGUCCAGGAUGCCAUCCAGUUGUCUGAAAACACAGCGCUGGGCGCCACAGUGUACGUGGCACGCGCCCGCGACUACGACGACGGCGCCAACGGUCAUGUGACCUAUCACUUGAAAGCCGGGGCUUUCGCGGUGAACCCCGACUCUGGAACCGUGACGCUAAAUCGAAGCCUGAAGGCGGACCCUCCGGAAAGCAAAGCAGUGUUGAAAAUCAGUGCCCGAGACGGCGGCAACCCUCCCCGGAGCGCCACCCUGACUUUGAGCGUGAAAAUGGUGGCGUCAUCUCCCGGCGACGGCCUGGCUUUCGAGGCGCCGCUCUACCGGGCGGAGGUCGCCGAGGACGCCCGUCGCAACUCUGGGCUCAUCCGAGUGAGCGUCCGCGGGGCCCCUGGCGUCUCCCCACUCUACUCCCUGGAAGAGGAUCCGGGCUCCCUGCCGCCCCCUUUCGGGAUCCAUCCUCAAAGCGGUCGCUUGUACUUGCGCGACGAGCUAGACUACGAGCGAGAGCGGACGUACCGCUUCCGAGCGGUGGCCUCGGCGGGCGGGGCCCGGGCGACGGCGGCGGUGGAAGUCCUGGUGCUGGACGUCGACGACAGCGCGCCGGUUUUCAACGAGGCCGAGUACUUCGCGGCCGUGACGGAGGGACCGCCGCCUCGGGGUCCGGCGGUACGGGUGACGGCCACCGACCGAGACUCCGGAGAGAACGCCCGGCUGUCCUAUGUCCUGCUUUCGGGCGUGAAGUUCUUCCGCGUCCAUGCCGAAACAGGUGAGAUCUUCAACUGGGUGGAGUUGGACCGGGAGCAGCGGAGCCAGCACACUUUGGAGGUGAUGGUCAGCGACCGAGGCAGCCAGCGACACAGCGCCACCGCCCGCGUCCACGUCCUGGUUACCGACGUCAACGAUAACCCGCCGCGCUUCGUGCACCCGCCGGCUAGCCCGGAACGUCACGUCCAGAUAUCAUCCGGAAUACCAAAAGGAUCCCUUGUGACAAACGUAUUUGCCAAAGAUUUGGAUGCGGGAGAAAAUGGAACAAUCACUUUUACGUUGCUGAGUGUCGGCGCAGGUGGUGAAAGUUUGCCACAUUUCGAGAUUGACGGUGAGAGCGGCGACAUCACGACCACAUCGCUGUUCGAGCGCAGCGUCCAGGAGACUUACCUCCUCCGGGUGACGGCCAAGGACGGCGGAUCGCCGCCACUAGAGGGCACUGCGCGCAUUCACUUGCAGGUGUACGGAUCAGAGGAGCGAGCCUCCUCCCCAGUUGUGAGACAUCUGCGAAUCCGAGAAGAUGCAUCGCCGGGCCCUGUGAUCGGUUCGGUGGGCGUCCCGUCUCUGGGAAAGAACAUAGACUACUCGGUCAUGGAGGACGACGAGGACUCCCCUUUCGGUGUGGACUCCCGUUCGGGCGAUGUCUACGUCCGCCGGCCUUUGGACUAUGAGGCAACUGCCCAGUACUCGCUGGUCGCUCUGGCCGAAGACCGGGUUGGCCGGAACAUCACGCUGAGGGUGCUGGUGACGGUGGAGGACGCCAACGACCACACGCCGUGGUUCCCCGACAAUCUGGCGGCGUUCGCCUUAAGAGAGGACGCCCCUCUGGGCUCGCUGGCGUUUGCCUUUUGCGCCACAGACGGGGACGGGACGUACCCCAACGGCGCCCUGCACUACUCCGUGGCGUCGCCCCCGGGCUUCCCCUUUCUAUUGGACCCUCGGAGUGGUAGACUGACGGUGGCGGCGCCCCUGGACCGCCGGAGACGCCCAACCUACACCUUCACUGUGACGGCCAGCGACCGAGCGGAAAGGCCGCUAGAGCGGCGGAGCGCGUCGAUAACAGCGAGGGUCUUUCUGCUGGACGUCGGUGAUAAGCGUCCCACGGAAGGGAGUCUCAUCCACCGUUCGGUCCCCACUGAUGCGGACCAUCCAGAAAAUAGGACGGCGGCCUACGUCAACCUGGCAGGAAACCAAAGAGGCUUGUUCACUCUGGAAGAAAAUACAGGAGGACAUCCCGUCGUCUUUCCCAUCACCUCCAUCGACGCGCCGGUCCAAGACGACGACGAUGAGCGCACACAGCCCUACCACGUCACCGUCCCGGAGGACGCACCCAUCGGUACCACGCUCCUGACCUUCUCCGCGUCCGACCCCGAAAACACGCAUCUGGACUACGUCCUCUCCGCGGGAAACCGGGAGGGGCUUUUCCGCUUGAAAUCCGAAACCGUCCGCUCAGAGAACGGGACGAAUAAGAUGGGGCGCUUGGUACUGCACAGUUCACUAGACCGCGAGACCGCAGACCACUAUGUGCUUACGGUGAGAGCGAACCGUCGAGGGACAACAACACAUCCAGCUGGUUACGCCGUGGUAACGGUGACCGUUUCGGACCGGAACGACAACCCACCGCUGUUCUUCAGCGCAGAGUAUCGCGUCCGAGUGGCAGAAAAUGCCCCCGCGGGUACCGGCCUGGUACGGGUCAGCGCCAGCGAUCUCGACGCGGGAGUCAACGCUAAGCUACGCUACGACAUCGUCUCUGGUAAUGGCGGAGGACGCUUCCGGAUGAACCCCGGGUCCGGACUUAUGGCACUCGACGCUCCGCUAGACUACGAAGAAGAGACGGAAUACAUCUUGACGGUUCGGGCGCGUGACGGUGGCGACUCUUCAGAAGCAGGGAAUCUGGCGUUCACCACGGUUUUUGUGGCGGUAUCGGACGAAAACGACAACGGUCCUUUCUUUGCCUUCCCUGAGUUGAACUGCUCCGUGUCGGAGAACCUCCCGACGUCGACGCGUGUCUGCUCUGUCCAGGCCGUGGACAAAGACACCGGCGCCUACGGGCGACUGACGUACUCUGUACUGUCUUCCUGUCCCGAAGAUUUGGCCGAAACGCCCUUGGCUGUGGAUCCCCGGUCCGGUGACGUCCGCACCCUCCGGUCGUUGGACUACGAACACCGACGCGAGUACUGCUUUGUGGCAGAAGCCCGGGAUGCGGGCGACAAGACGGCGACGGUGCGAGUACGCAUCUCCGUCAAAGGAGAGGACGAGUUUGAUCCUGUCUUCACACAGAAGCGGUAUCGCUUCUUUUUACCUGAAGGCGCAGAGCCUGGCCGUGCCGUUGGCUUUGUUACGGCGCUGGAUGGGGACGGGGGCGCCGAAGGGAAGGUGGAGUACUCUCUCUUGGACCCGUCGCCGUUCAUCUCCGUGGACAAAACCCUGGGAGCUGUGUAUGCGUUGGGCGCGGCGGAAUUGUCCGUGUUCGCUGCGAGCCCCCGACCGGGUUCCAGGAAAGCAUCCUGUCGGGUUUCGGUGGAAGUCUCGGGUCCAACCUGGGCGCUCAGCCACCACGUGCUCGGUCUGAGCGUCUCGCUCGCCGCCGUCCUCUUCUCCCUGCUCGUCUUCGCGGGUCUGGUGCUCAGAUCCAAAGUUGAACAAGCCGCCCCAAAAAAGACAGCCGCCGUCCCGGAUCUGCCGGACCGUGGCUUCUCCGUGCGGCACAUGAAACCUGUAGUCUUGACCGAAAACCGCCACACGCCGUCCGACCGGAGCGGUCGUGGCUCGGCGGAAGGCGAGUCGGUCGAGGACCAGGAAAUCCAGUGGAUCAACGGGGGUCACUUGUCAGAGAAACCGCUGGGAAGGAUCCGAGAAAGGAAUUCGGAUGGGGAUUGUUCGCCCUCCCCGGACGAGGGCUACGCAUGGGAGCGCCUUCUGGACUGGGAGCCCGGCUUCCGGACAUUAGCAUCGGUCUUCGCCGACAUCGGGAUGCUCCCGGACCGAGGGGAGCCGCCUCCCCUCAUCACGUCGGUGGCUCGCCCGGGGUUGCGGAGUGUGCGUCCCCGCCCACCCCUGGCCAGGAACACGGGGCUCACGCCGACGGCCAUGACGCCCACGUUCUCCCCUUCGCUGUCGUCGCUCACCGUCAGGAGUCCCGGCGCCUCUCCGGUCAUAUCGGACACCAGGCUGGACUCGGGGCCCCCAACCGCCAGCCUGCUGGAGGCGGAAAUACAAGUGUGAGGGACAGGUUCUUGUCGGCCAUCCAACCAGAAAUAUUACGAGAAGAUUUAGCUGGUCGGUUAACAUCCAUCAUUUGAUAGACAUUUGGGGUAACUUCCUCUUAAUUUGAGGACAUUUCGAGGUCACUUCCUGUUGAUUUGGGGGCAUUUCAGGGAGUUCAGGGUGACCCAAAAAAAAGUUUACACUGCCAUAAUACAGCUUAAAUGCCAUGUUUAUUCAUUUUAGAAUUAGAAUUUAAUCACAAAUUAUACAUUAUUGUAAAGAACAUGUACAGUACACUCUAUUUUUCAAUGUGUCCUCCCUUAAGUGUCACAACAGCCUCCAGGCACCUGCGGAACGCUUGACAGGUCUUCUUUAUGUAGGAUGCUGUCAUCUUUUCCCAAGAUCUAACAAUGGACCUCUCCAAGGCUGCCACAGAAGUUUGUGGCUUCUUACAGGCACUGUCCUCCACAGUUUCCCAUAUGCUAUAAUCCAGGGGAUUGAGAUCUGGACUCUGGGGUGGCCACAUAUCACCUUGUCAAUCAACUUUUUGGUCCGCACAGAUCGGCACUUCCAGACCCAGGUUUUGGUGAGGCUGUUCCAGUAUCUUUCAGCUUCUUUUUAACUUUGUAGACUGCACAUCUGGAUAUUCUCAGAUUUGCUGCAAUCUCAGUAGGUGUCAGACCGGCACGCAGCAAUUCAGGUACAGCUAAAGUUUUCUUCAUUUUCAGCAAAAGCACAGGAAUUGUAGAGACGAGAGAUUACCAGCUGCAUUGAGUGACCUUAAUGAAUCACUUAAGCAUGACAACCUAUUUAGAUAUGUUUCAAUGGCUUUUAAACAAGCAGUCAACUGAGUGUGAACUGUUUUUUUGGGUCACCCUGUAUGUAUGUUUUGUAUGCUUGUAUGUAUGUAUGUAUGUAUGUAUGGAUUGAAGAUUGUAUGUAUGUACUGUAUGUAUGUAUGUAUGUAUGUAUGUAUGUAUGUAUGUAUGAAGGUAUGGAUAUAUGGAUGGAUGUGGCAUGUAUGGAUUGAAGUAUGUACUGUAUGUAUGGGUGUAUGGAUUGAAGUAUGGAUGUAUGUAUGUAUGUUUUGUAUGCAUGUACUGUAUGUAUGUAUGUACGUAUGGAUUGAAGAUUGUAUGUAUGUACUGUAUGUAUGUAUGAAGGUAUGGAUGGAUGUAUACAUGGAUGUAUCUAUGUAUGUAUUGUAUGCAUGUAUGUAUGUACUGUAUGUAUGUAUGGAUUGAAAUAUGUAUUUAUGGAUAGAUGGAUUGAAGUAUGUAUGUACUGUAUAUAUGUGUGUAUGGAUUGAUGUAUGUAUGUAUGGAUGGAUGUAUUGUAUGGAUGGAUGGAUGGAUUGAAGUAUGUAUGUACUAUGUAUGUAUGUAUGUACAGUAUGUAUGGAUUGAAGAUUGUAUGGAUGGAUGUAUACAUGUAUGUAUGUAUGUAUAUGUAUGUAUGUAUGUAUGUAUUGAAAUAUGUAUUUAUGGAUGUAUGGAUUGAAGAUUGUAUGUAUGUGUGUGUGUGUGUGUGUAUUGAAGUAUGUAUUUAUGGAUGUAUGGAUUGAAGAUUGUAUGUAUGUAUGUACGUAUGUAUGUACGUAUGUAUGUGUGUAUUGAAAUAUGUAUUUAUGGAUGUAUGGAUUGAAGAUUGUAUGUAUGUAUGUAUAUAUAUAUAUGUAUGUAUGUAUGUAUGUAUGUAUGUAUGUAUGUAUGUAUGUAUGUAUGUGUGUGUGUAUUGAAGUAUGUAUUUAUGGAUGUAUGGAUUGAAGAUUGUAUGUAUGUAUGUAUGUAUGUAUGUAUGUGUAUUGAAAUAUGUAUUUAUGGAUGUAUGGAUUGAAGAUCAUAUGUAUGUAUGGAUAUGUAUGUGUGUGUGUAUUGAAGUAUAUAUUUAUGGAUGUAUGGAUUGAAGAUUGUAUGUAUGUACAGUAUGUAUGAAGGUAUGGAUGAUGGAUGGAUGGAUGGAUAGAUGGAUGAAUGUAUACAUGUAUGUAUGUAUACAUGUAGGUAUGUAUGUAUGUAUGUGUGUAUUGAAAUAUGUAUUUAUGGAUGUAUGGAUUGAAGAUUGUAUGGAUGGAUGGAUGGAUGGAUGUGUGUAUUGAAAUAUGUAUUUAUGGAUGUAUGGAUUGAAGAUUGUAUGUAUGUAUAUUAGGGCUGUCAAACGAUUAAAAUUUUUAAUCGAGUUAAUUACAGCUUAAAAAUUAAUUAAUCGCAAUUCAAACCAUCUAUAAAAUAUGCCAUAUUUUUCUGUAAAUUAUAUAUAUAUUCUGUAAAAUAAAUUGUUGGAAUGGAAAGAUAAGACACAAGAUGGAUAUAUACAUUCAACAUCCGGUACAUAAAGACUGUAGUGGGCAUUUCACUCUACUGUCAUUUAAAUCUGUCUGUGCUCUCCUCACUCCGAAGCGUCUACGUUUUCCAAAGCUAGACAGCUAGUGAACAACGCCUUAAUAAUUAGACUUCUUCCUUUUUCAUCUGAUUUAUUAAUUAAAUGGCCUCAAACCAUUGUCCUCUUUAGACCGUCGUAAAACUACAAAAAGUACACAAGCAUUGCAUUAGCAACAACGUUAGCUUAGCACGCUAUACAGGUUCACUAAACAUAAAAAGCGUCUCAUACAAAAAAUAGAACAUUUCGCUUACUAACAUAAUAUGUACAUUCUUUACAACAACCAUACUUACGGACAAAUUUGUCCAAGGAUCAUAUAAGCACAACAUUAUCAGCCCGAGACGUCAUGCAGCCAUAAUGAAGAAAAGAAGAAAAUAAUAAACCAUGUCGCAAAGCGACCACAAGAGUUCACUGUUGGACAGCAUAAAAAGCCUUGCUGUAAAACUUACCAAAAGGCAGAAUACUUUCUGAGCGGGACAUGUGCUUUAAUUGCGUCAAAUAUUUUAACGUGAUUAAUUUAAAAAAUUAAUUACCGCGCGUUAACGCGAUAAUUUUGACAGCCCUAAUGUAUAUGUAUGUAUGUGUGUGUGGAUUGAAGUAUGUAUUUAUGGAUGUAUGGACUGAAGAUUAUAUGUAUGUAUGUGUGAAGGUAUGGAUGGAUGGAUGGAUACAUGUAUGUAUGUAUGUAUGUAUGUAUGUGUGUAUUGAAUUAUGUAUUUAUGGACGUAUGGAUAGAAGUGGUAUGUAUGUAUGUUUGUAUGUAUGUAUGUAUGAAGGUAUGGAUGGAUGAUGUAUGUAUGUAUGUAUGUAUGUAGGUGUGUAUUGAAAUAUGUAUUUAUGGAUGUAUGGAUUGAAGAUUGUAUGUAUGUAUAUAUAUAUGUAUGUAUGUGUGUGUAUUGAAGUAUGUAUUUAUGGAUGUAUGGAUUGAAGAUUGUAUGUAUGUAUGAAGGGAUGGAUGGAUGGAUGGAUGUAUACAUGUAUGUAUGUAUGUAUGUAUGUAUGUGUGUAUUGAAAUAUAUAUUUAUGGAUGUAUGGAUUGAAGAUUGUAUGUAUGUAUGUAUGUAUGUAUGUAUGUAUGUAUGUAGGUGUGUAUUGAAAUAUGUAUUUCUGGAUGUAUGGAUUGAAGAUUGUAUGUAUGUAUGUAUGAAGGUAUGGAUGGAUGGAUGGAUGGAUGGAUGGAUGGAUGGAUGGAUGGAUGGAUGGAUAGAUGUAUGUAUGUAUACAUGUAUGUAUGUAUGUAUGUAUGUAUGUAUGUGUGUAUUGAAAUAUAUAUUUAUGGAUGUAUGGAUUGAAGAUUGUUUGUGUGUAUGUAUGUAUGUAUGUAUGUGUGUAUUGAAAUAUGUAUUUAUGGAUGUAUGGCUUGAAGAUUGUAUGUAUGUAUGUAUGAAGGUAUGGAUGGAUGGAUGCAUACAUGGAUGUAUCUACAGUAUGCAUGUAUUGUAUGCAUGUAUGUAUGUACAGUGCCUUGCAAAAGUAUUCGGCCCCCUUGAACCUUGCAACCUUUCGCCACAUUUCAG